AUGAAAUGCGAAAGUAAACCAUUAUUAGUUCGUGAUAAUUACAUUUAUUAUGUUAGUAAAAGAACGGCUACAUUUAAAUAUUGGAAAUGUGAAGAUCGUAGUGGCAAUGCCAGUGUUCAUACAAAUAUUAAAGAUGCAUUUAUAAAAACGGUUAGUAAUCAUUCACUUAUAAAUGAAACAACAGCAAUAACUAAAAUUUAUGAUGAAGAAUUUGCUCGCCAACAAAUGUCACAAACAGCAGCUGCUAUUAUUCCAUCACCAUAUGAAGCAAAUUCAGGUUUAAAUCGUGCACGUAGAAAAAUGACACCAGUAUUACCAACGUCAUAUGUAUCUGAUAUAUCAGCGCAAUAUCUAGUUACACUUGGUGAUGAACAGUUUUUAUUAUGUGAUAAAACAUUACGUAAUAAACGUUUAUUACUAUUUGGUACAGAGCAACAAUUAACAUUUCUAUUUUCUGCCAAACAUAUUAUGAUGGAUGGUACAUUUGAUACGUGUCCACCGUAUCUUGAUCAAGUUUAUACUAUUCAUGCUAUUAAGCUGUUGCUGAUGAAAGAAGAAAAUAUUAAUAAUAUUAAUAACAUUUCAAUAUUAAAACAUUGUCAUCAAAUUCAAUUUUAUCUUCUAGAAUUUACAACAGUAAAAUGUUUCAACAAUAUGAAAUAUUUAUUCUUAAUGACACCAAAUGUUAAAGUUUUAAAAGUUGAUAAUUUUAGUUUUUGUAAUAUAUUUUCAAAUAUUGAUAAAAUUAUCCGUCAUAGUAUUUAUCAACAGCAUUUUAAUCAUAUUAAUAAAUUAAAUAUAACUAAAAUAAGUGAAAAUAAUUAUUAA